CAGUCUCUUUCAUCCACUCACCGCCAAGCAUCCUGAGCUUUUACCUGGAGCAAAGAAGACGACUCUGACGACAACAGGUGUGAAGACAUUAAUGCAACAGAUAAAACAUGAUAAAGCUGACUGCGCUGCUGUAUGUGUGUCUGAAUCUCGUCUCAGCAUCAUUCGAUUAUUUUAACUUUGAGGCCCACGCCUACUCUGAACCAGAAGAUGUCCUGAGUGUGAGCAUAGGGUUAGAGGGAGCACAACACGCUCUACUGGGAGGAAGCAUCACACUGCCAUGUUCCUUUGAGGACCGGACCGUUCCAGACCCUGGAGCUCCCACCAUUGCCCCCCUAUCUCAUCGCAUCAAGUGGAGCCUGGUAACUAAAGAGAAGGUCACGACCGUCCUAGUGGCCUUGGAGGGGCAGGUGCGCAUCGGCGAGGGUUACCUGGACAGAGUUCGGCUGUUGGGGUACCCCAGCACCCCCACCGACGCUAGCAUCCAGAUCACUGAGCUGCGUUCCAGUGACACAGGAGCGUACCGCUGCGAGGUCCAGCAGGGCAUCGAAGAUGACCACGACAUCGUCCACGUGCGUGUUCAAGGUAUUGUGUUCCAUUACAGAGCUAUCAUGGGACGUUACACUUUGACCUUUGAGAAGGCGAAAGCAGCGUGUUCCCAGAACAGCGCGGUUAUAGCUUCACCUGAGCAACUUCAAGCCGCCUACGAUGACGGAUUUCAUCAAUGUGAUGCUGGCUGGCUCUCAGAUCAGACAGUCAGGUACCCCAUCCAUGAUCCUCGUGUGAACUGCUAUGGAGACAAAGAGAUCCUGCCCGGAGUCAGGACGUAUGGAGUGAGAGACCUCAAUGAGACCUAUGACGUUUACUGUUUCACAGAGACCAUGGCAGGCAGAGUUUUCUACACUGCAUCUGCAGAGAGGUUUAGCUACUCCCAAGCGGUGGCGGCGUGCUCCCAGCAGGGGGCUCAGCUGGCCACUACAGGCCAGCUCUACCUGGCCUGGCAGGGUGGGAUGGACGUCUGUAACGCUGGCUGGCUCGGGGACAGAAGCGUCCGCUAUCCCAUCAACGUCCGUCGGCCACAGUGUGGAGGGGGGCUGCUGGGGGUGCGAACAGUUUACCUGCACACGAACCAGACAGGAUACCCGCAUCCCAGUUCCCGCUAUGACGCCUUCUGCUACACAGACUCGCCUGAUGAGGAAGGUUCCGGCACCAUAGAGGAGGGAAGCGGCGUGCUGAGUGUGACCACAGUGACACAAAGCCCAGAGGUGUUCUUCAUGAGGACGACCACCAGCAGUGAGGCAGCUGGGGAGGUGGAGACCCAGCAGCCCUACACAGAGACCCCCACUGAGGAACCGCUGCCUCAGUCGCCCAACGUCACUGAGCUCAUCACAGAACUGAUCAAGUCAGUCGGUGCUCAGCCAGAUGUGGGCGGGGAGCCCAGCAAAGGCUUUGUGAUGCCUCCAAAUGGGGUGGUCUUCCACUACCGCUCCGCCUCUGGACGCUACGCCUACAGCUUUGUUGAGGCUCAGCUGGCCUGUCAGAGUGUUGGAGCCUCCAUUGCCACAGCAGAGCAGCUGCAGGCAGCAUAUGAGGGAGGGUAUCACCAAUGUGAUGCAGGAUGGCUGCUUGACCAGACAGUAAGGUAUCCCAUCGUUUUCCCUAGAGACAAGUGUGCUGGAGAUCUGGGGGAUGAACCUGGAGUCCGGUCCUACGGUCUGAGGCCAGCCCAUGAGCGAUAUGAUGUGUACUGUUACAUAGAUGGGCUGAAAGGGGAGGUUUUCCACCUGGGCUCUGCUGAGGGUUUCACCUAUGAAGAGGCUGUUUCUGGCUGUAGAGAGCAGAAUGCUGUGCUCGCCUCCACCGGAGAGCUCUACGCAGCCUGGAGAAUGGGUUUCAACAAAUGCCGUGCUGGGUGGCUCCUGGAUCACAGUGUCCGUUACCCGAUCAACAGCCCCCGCGCUGAGUGUGGCGCAGGGAAGUUAGGCGUGCACACCGUUCACACUCACCCCAACCAGACGGGCUACCCUGAGCCCAGUGCCAAGUUUGACGCAUACUGUUUCAGAGGGGACAUUUUACGUAUUGCAAACGAAACUGGACUGAACAUCACAGACAUUCAGGAAGCUCUCCUUAACGUCACCUCAAUAACUGAUUUGUUGCGGCCUGCAGUUCCUUCCAUUGCUGCCCCCGUCCCUGUGGAGACCUCAGGCUCUGGGUCUGGGUCAACAGACUUAGAAUCAGGAUCUGCAAUCGACAAAGCCUCUGGAGAUCACUCUGGAGAUGUGUCUGGCUCUGGAGACUUGUCUGGUUCUGGAGCUCAGGUUAUCUCUGGAGAUGUGUCAGGCUCUGGACAUGUAUCUGGUUCUGGAGAGCAAGCUGUCUCUGGUGAUCGCUCUGGAUCUGGAGACUUGUCAGGGUAUGGAUAUCAGACAUUAUUUGUGGAAUUCUCUAGUUCUCAAGAACAGUCUGGUUCUGGAAAUCAGGCAAUCUCUGGAGACACGUCUGGUUCUGGAGUGCUGUCUGGUUCUGGAGACCAGGAUCUUUCUGGAGAUGUGUUUGGCUCUGGAGACCUGUCGGGCAGUGGGAGAGCUGAGCCGCCAGGUGGAGAAUCGGGUCUGGGCAGUGCAGACUUUUCUGCCUCAGGUCUCGCUGGAGAAGAAAUUGGACUUGAUGUCAGUUUUUCAGGCAUUAACAGCAUUCUCUCUGGAGAAGGCUCUGGUGCAGAAGGAUUUCAAGAAGCAGGAGAGGGAAGUACAGAAAUCCUUAUAAUCCCUCCACUUGAAUCAGGAUCUGGAGCAUUCAGUGGUAGUGGGGAACUGUCUGGCAGCGGGUCUGGAUCCAGGUUUGUGGAGAGUGGCUCAUCCAUGGACAGGUCUGAAGAAAGUGGACAGUUUUCUGGCACCAAUAGUCAGGACUUUUAUGGAUUCUCCUCUGCAAGUGCUAGUGGAGAGUCGGGAGAGCUUUCAGGAAGUGGAGAUGCUCGAAUUGUGCUGCUAGUUGAUGAGCUGACGGAUGCAUCCUCUCCUGCUACCCGUAAGGAGUAUGAGCUUGGUGGAGGCCAACUGAUGUUUAGUGGCUCUGGAGACAUGUCAGGUUCUGGAAUUUCCAGUGGUUCAGGUGCUGAAAGUGGUUCAGGAUUCUUCUCAGGCUUAACCUUUGUGGCAUUAGGGGUCAGUGACCUCACAGUGCCAUCCUUCAUAGAACAGGAGGCCUCUGGGUUGUUGUUCUACAGCUCUGGGCAGGAAAGUGGUGACAAUUUGUCUGGAUCUGGAAGCUCUGCUUUCAUUGUAUCUGGAUCAGGAGCUUCUGGAUCAGGAACAUUUGAAUUGGGAACGUCUGGAUCAGGAACAUUUGCAUCUGGAAUGCUUGGAUCAGGAGCUUCUGGAUUGGGAGCGUCUGGAUCAGGAAAGUUUGGAUCGGGAAUGGUUGGAUCAGGAGCGUCUGGAUUGGGAACCUUUGGGUCUGAAUACUCUACAAGUGGAGAGGAAGGCAGUGUACGAUUCUGGAACUGGGAAUCUAAGGCAUUAGAAGACGUUAAGCCACCCAUGGAGCUUGGACAGGGAUCAGUGGAAUACAGUGGAGAAGGAAGCAUGAGUGGCUUCUACUCUGGAGACACCCACUCAUCUGCAGCCAGCGGCAUUUCUGCUACUGGCGACCCACCGCAGGUGAUGUGGCCUUCUUCAGCCACUGAACAGACAUUUACAAAGAGCCCAACAGAAACAGAGGUUUCCCUGCACAGUGUGGAACAGGCCCAGAUUUCCAAUGAUGUCUACUUCACCCUCUUCCCUGUGGUGGCUCCUGCUGGGCUGGCUGCUCCCCCGACCGCCACAACACCACCCUCUGUGCGGAUGCCAGGAGGUGCUGAAGACGCUGGUUUAGCAGAAGGUGGGACAACAUCUUCCGACGCCGCCUCCGCCCUGCUUGCAUGCAUGCUACACCCAGGUAAGUCUAGUCUGUCCCAUGUUGCAUUAGCCACUUCCUUCACUAACUGCUUGGCGCUGAGGUGUGAUCGUGGUGCUAUCACAGCUUCAUGCUCUCAGCUUCCAUCCUCCCCACCCCUCGCUGAAACAGUAGUGUCAUCCGCCCCCUAUUUUGCAGAGGUAGAUGUGUGCCAUUCCAACCCUUGCGCCAAUGGAGCCACCUGCGUGGAGAGUGCAGACUCUUACAAAUGCUUAUGCCUGCCCAGCUACGGAGGGAAACACUGUGAGAUGGACGAGCAGCUGUGUGAAGAAGGUUGGACUAAGUUUCAGGGGAACUGCUACCGACAUUCCAGCGACAGGAAGACGUGGCUGGAGGCGGAGCAGCACUGCCGGGACGCGAACGCCCACCUGGUCAGCAUCAUCACGCCGGAGGAACAGGCCUUCGUGAACUCCAAUGGACAAAACUAUCAGUGGCUCGGCCUCAACGACAAGAUGGUGGCAAACGACUUCCGCUGGACAGACGGCACUCCGCUGCAAUUUGAGAACUGGAGGCCGAACCAGCCUGACAACUACUUCCAAACUGGCGAAGACUGCGUGGUGAUGAUCUGGCACGAGAACGGCCAGUGGAACGACGUCCCCUGCAACUACCACCUGCCGUUCACCUGCAAGAAAGGCCCAGCGUCCUGCGGCCCGCCGCCGGAGGUGGACGACGCCUUCAUGUUCGGCAGCCGGAGGGACGAGUACCCUGUCGGCGCCAUCAUCCGCUACCAGUGCAGGCCGGGGUUCACGCAGCGCCGCCCGCCCGUGGUCCGCUGUAAAGCAGACGGAAAGUGGGAGACGCCGCUGGUGAAGUGCACCGACGUGAAAGCCAGAAAACGGAUAGAGCCGAGGAGCCGCAGGAGUCCAGCGCCCAGCAGGAGUCACUGAGGAGCUAUUUAUAAAGAACAUUUACAGCACAAAUGCCGUGUUUCCAUCCUGAUCAAGAGGAAGUGAGGGUUAAAUUAUUGUUGGAAGUUGCCGCUUGGUGGUAAAGCUUCUAUCCCCUGCCCCAGAUAAGAUAUUUGAAAUAUAUAUAAUAAAUUUAUUGCUAUGAGUGUAUUUUAAUUUUGUGUACUGUAAAAUAAUUUUGUUUGAUGACAUCACUGCUGGGAGGCUUUGUUCUGCUUCAUUCUGUGAUAUGGUUCAUUGUAGUCUGCUGUAGUUCGGUUCCUCUGUCUCCUUAUUACUAACGUACAUUCAACUAAACCAACCCAACAAACCUGUUGAUUAGCUUUGUGGUCAAUGUGAACGCUCCUUGGACUAAUCGUUUCACACAGUGACAGAGUCUCUGCUGGACUGAGCCAGUGACUGUGAUACAAGAGGAGAUUCUGGACUGUUGUAUGAAACUACAGCAGCAUCACGAGCUUGUACGGGACCAGAUGCUUCUUCGCUUCCUUCCACAAAGCUGUGCGAUGCUCAGCGAUGGUGCAGAUGACGUUUAUCAACUCAGUUCUCUCUUUCGCUGUGAGAACUUCGUGUUGUUGUUUUCUUCUGUCAUUUGAGCACUUGCGCUGCAUCGCCGUUGCUUUUCGUGGAGGCUGCGCCUCCUUCGAAUGCACCAACGCCUGAGACCUGAGAAAACAGAGACCAAAGAUUCUGAUUCCAGUCUGUCAAUCAAAGUGUAUUGGUCCCCAACAACAGCACGUUUGUUCAGUCGAUCAGUGUUUGACCGUUUGUGAUCCAUUUUUGAACAGAGUUGGAGAAUUUGAACAUUGAACAAAAUGAGAUAAUUACACAGACGUUGACCAGCUGAAGAUCCUCUAAUGUCUACUAUGAAUGUCUGUAGGAAACAUUGCCCAAUAAAAACACUUCUUCUACUGUA